UCCAGCUCCCUCUACUUUGCUCUCACCAAAUUUCAACAAUUAGGGUUUCUCCGAUCCAAUCACAAACCACAAACCCAACAAGACCCUCACUUUCCUAUUCCAAAUUGCUUGAAGCUAUUAAAUUGCACCAAUUCAAACCCCACAUCUCUUAGAAGGGCGAGUCAGAGUCCAUCUGGGUUUGAAACCAACUGAUGAAAUGCAAAAUGGGAUUGGACUCAGUAAAGAAGCCAAUGCUACUUUACUGGAUUCAGAUUUUCUGAAGCCGAAGAGUAGUGAAGGUGAAGAUUUGGAGAAGGAGGAGAGAUUGAAGCGUGUUGAUGAAAAUGUUGGGUUGAAGAAAGUGAGGCAGCUGAUGAGGAGGUCGAGUAUUCUAGCGAAACAAGUUAUCAGUAUUGAAAGUGCUCUCAGCUUGGGCUUUGUUUCAGGUUUGGGUCAAUACCACUUCUUGGAUGGUAAUGUUUGUAGAAGUGAGGAUAAACUUGCUUUCAGGGGAGUGUGAACGUUUUCCUCUGGAGUAUGUUUACCAGGUUGGUGAUGUUGUGCUUGUGGAGGAUGAGAGUGUGAUUGAUAAUGAUUUCAAAUGGUUGGGAUAGAACUUGAAGAGGUGUUUGUAGCAGUUGAAAUCUUGUAACUACUCUGUUCCAUUUCAAUUAAAACGAACCAUCAUGUUUUU